AUGCCGGCAGAAGUUGUGCUCAUGAUGGACCUGAUGGGCGUGCUAACGACAUCUCCGUUUCCAGCUGCACGGCGCCUUGCAGAGAACAUGAUGCGGUGCGUCUUCGAACGCGCCAACUCGCACAUCAUCGUGAAGCGCAUUCAGGAGCGGCCUGUACCAUUUUUGGCGAAGAAGUACAGCAACUUCUUCUUUACCGUGAUGAAUUUCACAGAGCGCACGCGUGGAUUGAAAAGCGCCUUCGAGAGGCUGGAGUUGGGUGAGCUGAAUCGGCUGGAGUUCAUCACAGCCUUCAGGGAGGAGAUUCGUUUUAUGCUGCUUGCACUCUCCAAGCACAACCCAGAGGAGCUGGACGCAAUGAAUAUCGCCUUUCCUAGGAAGGUCGAUGCCCUCAAGAAGCGCUUUCCGCUGCUCUGCGACCCUGUUGUGCAGGUGCACAUCCACGAACUGCUGGACGUGGAGGCCUUUCUGUGCACGAUUGAGAAGGUCUCGCCGCGCAAGAACGUGCUGAACCUGCUGCACUACCUGCGCACCAAGAGUCAGCAGGAGAUCCGCCUCUUCGCCAUCGGCAACACAUGGGAGUACGAGGGGCAGUACCGACGUAUGGUGAAGGCAAUGAGGUACUCUGUCACAGACUCCAUCUCCUCCGCCUACCCAGUCAUCUGCCCUGUCAAGUAUGGCGCGAAUCCCGACUCUUACCAGAACAGCUUUCAGGUGACGGGCCUCUUCGAUGGGUACGUGCAGAGCUAUAUUUCUCACAAGCGCAAGCCGUAUCCCGACAUCUUCAUGCAGGCGCUGGAGGAGGUGCGCAUGGGCCGUGUCCCCACCGGCGAGGCGCUCCGCUACGAUAUCCAGCCGAACAUUUUCUACUUCGACGACGUAGAGGCGCACUGCGAGGUGGCUCGCGAACUGCCGGGCAGCCCCUUCACCGAGGUCUUGCGUAUCGAGAAUGGCGCGUGUGACGUGUACAGGAGCAUAGUGCGUUCCUUGAAGACGGUCGCGGAGAAGGACCCGUUUUGGGCUGAGGUGCUGGCCGGGGUAGAGAAGGACAUUGCACCUCUGUUCAGACCAUCAACGACCCCCGACGGCAAGUCGACCUCGUGGGUGACAGAGGAGCUGCACAACUACAACGACAACUUGCUUUUCAUCGGACCGCCACCGAACGAGCUGUGCUCGUCGGUCAACACCUGCGAAAAGGACCGGUACCGCAUGGAUGAGGAGGACCAAGAGCGCAUUCUAUUUUACUGCGCCCAGCACCUGCCGCACCUCUUCCCCCUGAAGAUCCCGGCGCGACCGGAGGCAGACAUGAAGCUGCGCACACAGCCGGGCCUGGCUACGUCGGCCGGCCCCAUCCUCUUCGAGUACGUCGAGGGCAGUCGCUUCUUUGAGUCUUACCGGUUGACGUUGCGCACUGGUAGCUACAUGUUGCGGAUUCAGCCACGCGGCCCGUCACCAUACGGCUCUGUGGACAUCCGUCGCGAGUAUGAGACAAUGGCGCACCUCCACGAAAUGUCACCGGAGCUGCAGAUCCCGACGCCGCUGUUGUACUGCGACUCCUACGCCGUGUGCGGACGUCGCUUCUUUCUCCGCCGAUACCGCGAUGGUGAGAACAUCAUCAAUGUCUCGCAGCUCAUUCAGCCGCGCAUUCGCCGACCCUACUCCCUGCAGCGUGUAUCAAUCAAUGUGGAGCUCCGGCCCAAGCUUUUCUACAAGCAGGCGAUUGCGGUGCUCUCGGCGCUGCACAAUUCGCCUCCGCCGCCCUUUAUGAGGCAGGUCGAGGAGGAGAUGCGGCGCACGAAGCGGCACAAACACCCACUACUAGGCAUGGUGCAGGAGAGUAUUGAGAUGUACAAGCGGGUGCUGUCCAAGAGCGAGACCUCUGGUCGCUUCGAUGUGCAGCUGCGCUCCGCCAUGAUUGAAGAGCUGUCGCGCGCCAUUUUGGCCUGCUUUGACCAGACGCAGCUAUCGCACCAGAUGAUUCCGAUGCCAGACCGUCUCGUCACACUGCACGGCAACUUCAACCUGUCCUCCGUCCUCUUUACGCACCGCUCACUGGAGGGUCGCGCGAAGUACCCGCCACAUCUGAUCGGUAUAGUGCAGUUCAAGUUCACCCGACUCGGCGACCCACUCGUCGAUGUCGCGUCGGCGGCGAUGUUCUGCUUCCUUAAGCAGCCCGAUGGCAUCUACGACACCCCGCACGAAAUAAAGAUUCUCUUUCCGUCCCCAAGCGACCUCUUGGAAAUGUAUUGCAGUGCGCGUGGCUACAUGCUGCACCUCGACCGCCGCUGCCGCUACGACAUCUUCAAGGUGUACCUCGCCAGCCUGUGUCUUCAGCGAGCCACAAUGCUCAUUACCGACAUUGUCUCUGGCACCAUUUCGCCUCAUGGGAAGCGCUACUCGGACUCUCGCAGCAUUGCGCAAGCGGAUCAGCUGGCGAAGCGUGGCCUCGACAUCCUCCGUAGUCGCAUAGCAGCGAAGCUGUAA